UGGGAUGGGUCUGUUGCAAAAGGCUCUCAUUCCCUUUUUGGGAUUGGUUUUGGCCCUCUGGUUUUAUUCUGCGAGGGAGAAUUUCAAGCCGGAGAUGCUGAAAGGGAAGCGGGUGAUCGUCACCGGAGCAAGCACUGGGAUUGGAGAGCAGAUGGCGUAUCACCUGGCACAAAUGGGAUCCCACAUUUUGAUCACUGCACGGACAGAGGCCAAGCUGCAGAAAGUGGUGGAGCGGUGCCUGGAGCUGGGGGCAGCCUCUGCGCGGUACGUCAGCGGCACCAUGGAGGACAUGGCCUUCGCUGAGCACGUGGUGAAGGAGGCACAGACCUCGAUGGGAGGCCUAGACAUGCUGAUUCUUAACCACGUUGGCGCAUCGUACUUCGGUUAUUUCAACGGGGACGUUGGGCACGUGCGAAAGCUCAUGGAGAUCAACUUCCUCAGCUACGUGGCGAUGACCGUGUCUGCCCUGCCCAUGCUGAAGGAGAGCGAGGGCAGCAUCGUUGUCAUUUCAUCCAUGGCAGGUAAAGUCGGGUUUCCCUUCACGGUUCCCUACUCUGCAACUAAGUUUGCCUUGGACGGAUUUUUCAGCUCCCUGAGGCAGGAGUUCACCAUGCAGAGUGUUAACGUUUCCAUCACGCUCUGCAUCCUUGGCUUCAUUGAUACUGAGCGCGCGGUGCGCGCGGCCGCGGACGUGCUGCUGGUGGCGCCGGCGCCGCGCGCAGAGUGCGCGCUGGAGAUCCUGAGGGCGGCGGCGCUGCGGCGGCGGGAGCUGUACUACCGCUACGGCUCCACGCGCCUGCCGCUGCUGCUGCGCGACUGCGCCGCCGACCUGCUGGACUACCUGGUGCGGAGCCGCUACCGCCCGCGCGGCGCGCCGAGCAACUAGCGCCCUGCGCCGAGCAACUAGCGCCCCGCCGGCCCCCCGCCGCCGCUCCGCCCGAUCGCUGAGCUGUAGCGAAGCGCGGGCCGCGGGCUCGGGACGGGCUCGGCGGUCCGACACCCUCCUCUGCCGGCGGAGGCGGCUCUCGCAGCCCGGCCCCGCAGCUUGCCUCGUUCUUUCGGGUUUAAGCGGGUGGCGCCACCGCUGCCGGGGCGGCGGAGCCGGUGCAGGGUGAGAGGGGUGAAGGGUCUCCGCUGCAGCGUCCCAGCCGCUCCCUUCCCAGACUAGUGCAAAGCAGGAACAAACUAGUUAUUAAAUAAAAUGUACUAACCCAUCA